AAACACUCAGAAGCAAGUUGAAAAAAAUGGCAGCGCCUCGCGGUGGCGACUGUCAGUUGUCGACCGUAUAGUGGCGCUCUAGCAGCUGUUAAAACGGUAUCCUCGCCUCGCGACAAGAGAUGAGACUCACGACGCGCGAUCUUCAUCCGUGGCCAAGAUAAUUCACACCCUCCGACUCCGACAAUCGCCCACCCACACGACAGCAUUCAGGUAAAAUCCAUCGUCUUCGUGACAGUACUCAAGUGUGUUCUUCAGGGUGAGCUCCGCGGGAGUUCUUAGUGCCACGCCCCCUCCCUGAAUGCUGGGUGGUCCAUGGAUGAGAGUGCCCAUCCGAUACUCUGGGCGGACCAAAGGAAAAACUGAGGAGGGGAUUCAGAAGAAUUAGAUCAACGUUUACGUGUCUUCAAACGUGGAAAUGUCGUUUUGUUAAGUAGUGUCUGUACAGAAACAGCUCCCGUGUGAGUGUCGUUGGUGAGUGUUCAACGUCGUACGACAACGACCACAUUCUGCAGAGAAGUUUAAUGACACUGGUGAUGACAUUUCGACCGGACGUCGACCCAUCAACAGAGAAAAACUUUUUGUUCUGGUGAUAGUCAGUGAUCAUUAGUUUCUCGAGCUAAUGGAGAAUAUUAUUUCAAAAAGAAAAUAAACCUUGUUAAGACGUUUGGAUAUUCCCCCCGGAAGAGACAUGAAAAAGAUAAACAGCCCACCAGCUGCUGUGCCGAAGACAUGCCAGGGCGUUGACAGACGGUUCAGGAAGCCGGCGCUGGGAACUGCGGGUGUAGGACUCUCUCGUGUUCCGAAGAACUGAAACCACGUGGUUCCUGAUCGUGAAUUACCGAGGUUCGAGUCUAGCUCUCCAUGUUGUUACAGACCAUGGAGGAGAACUGUACGCUCCGACCCUGCGCAACCGAUUUCUCCAUCGCCGCCAUUAUGGCGCGACACGACCGUCGCAAUCGAAACAGGCAGCUGGACGCCGCCGACGCACUAUCGCCACUAGAAAAGUUUGUGGAGACGACAACAACCUCUUCUUCAGUGGCUAGUAGCUCUCCUGAACCGACGACUCCACGAGCAAGUAAAGAAGACGAGUUAGAGGACGAAGAUCGUGAGAGUCCCCCUGAGAUCUCGUCGUCUACGUCAGACUGCAGUGCGGGACACUCGGGGAGCCGCGGCGGUAAGAAGUCACCUCCGUCUUCGCCGUCACCACCGAAGAAUCCACUCUUACAGGAACGCUUCAACUCCGAGGAACUGCGACACGUGGUUUGCCAUCUCGAGACCAAGGACUUGUGGGACAAGUUCAACGAUCUGGGGACGGAGAUGAUCAUCACUAAGUCGGGAAGGCGGAUGUUCCCCACUUGUCGCGUCUCCUUCACUGGGAUUCGGCCCGACCAGAGAUACGCUGUGUUGAUGGACAUUGUUCCGGUGGACAACAAAAGGUAUCGAUACGCAUAUCACCGGUCUUCAUGGCUCGUGGCCGGUAAGGCGGAUCCCCCCGCCCCCUGUCGCCUUUACAUGCACCCGGAUUCGCCCUUUACUGGAGAGCAGCUCAGGAAGCAAGUCGUCUCCUUCGAGAAAGUCAAACUUACCAACAACGAGAUGGACAAGCACGGGCAUCUGGUUCUCAACUCGAUGCACAAAUAUCAACCUCGGAUUCAUCUUGUGAAGCGUCACGAGUCAUCUGGAAGUGCUCCAAUCACGGACCUAGAGUCGGAAGAAUUCAAGACUUUCAUUUUCCCCGAAUCUGUUUUCACAGCGGUUACAGCGUACCAGAACCAGUUGAUCACGAAACUGAAGAUCGACAGCAAUCCAUUUGCCAAGGGUUUUCGAGAUUCCUCAAGGCUCACGGAAUUCGAAAGGGAGACAAUGGAGUCGAUGCUAGCUGAACAGCACUACCUGCGAUCUCCUCUCCGUCCUUUCACCGAGUUGGACACCCACAACAACAACCUAACCCUCGAGGAGAAAGCUCUUCUAGCCGCACGUUCUCAGUUAUUCCUGCGAGCAGCCGCGGCAGCUGCAGGUCCAUAUGGCCCUCUCAUGGGUCCCAUGUGCUCCCUAUAUGGGGCUGCCAGCGGUGCCGGGAGCGGAGGAGGUGGAGUUCCUCCGGGCAUGCUUUGGAGUCAGUGGGCAUGCCUGGGCCCGUCACUGCUCGCGGCUCACCAUCAGCAUGCUCAACACCUGGUGGCUGCUGCCGCAGCAGCCUCCAGCAACGCCGUGGCGGCUGCUUCUCACCAGGGACCACCGGCUCUGCCUCGACCACUCUAUCCCCCACAACUGAGCGGUGGACUCUCUCAACAUCGUUUCUCUCCUUACGGACCGCCAGCGAGUAGCAUCAGGAGAACAGUGUCUCCGGUGUCGUCUCCUGAUAGCAUCCAGGACACUUCCGAGAUCUCUUCUCACAGUCCUUCCUUGACGUAGGCGCCGACAACCCGCUAUUGUCAACGAGGUCGUAGCACAAUGGCAGCAUCCACGAAGCGAAGAUUUGUAGCCAGAAAUAAAGUGAUUAUAUAGUGACUGGUAUCAAGUGAGUACCACUGAAGUGCAGAAUCAAUGUUCUUCGCAAGAAAACCAAACCAUCGGACGCAGUGUCGUACAUUGAAACAAAGUGCGGUAUUUUAAUGACUUUUAAACAAAACUUAAUUAAUGAAACCAUUUCACUUCAGACAUUCAAUAGAUUUAUAGUGAUACCUACUAACAGUAAUUCAUACUUACUUCAAGAAAUGUAUUAGUAUAAAAGUGACGAAGAUCCCACCAACAGAGAAAGUCGCAAUGCCUUACGAUGGUUUAUUUCAGUUUAUUAGCCGUUUUGUAAAACAAUAAGCACCAUUGUACCCCUAAGGAUGGUCACGUGAUGCUCCACAAGUUCCUAAACUGCCUGUAAUUUCAUUAUCAAUAACGACAACAUUCGAUUUUGUUGUUUCUCCUGCAGAAAAUGGCGUUAUUAAGUAAAGUCAUGAAGAUUUCUGUCUUCUGGGUUAUUGCGCUGUGUAGUCUGGUCGAUGUUAACCAACGUUUCAGAGGUCAUACUGCCUCCGUCAUCAGGGCGAUGAAUAUGCCAAUUGGCAUAAGACAGAAGACAGAAAUCUUCAUACUCACCGCUGUGAGAACCUCAAGUCUUACAAGUAAAGUCAUAUUCCGUGAUUGUCAUCUAGCGGAAUAAUCAAAUAAAAUGACGAAGUGAAGAAAAACGUCUGGAUUGUCGUGUAGCACGCCAAAUAUUUAGGUACAGUACGUGUUAUGUGUAUUAUAUAAAAAUGAUUAGCUUUUAGAUGUACUUUCAACAAACAGUAUUAUUUUCACUUUGCCUGUUAUAAACUUACGCUAUGUUUAGUGAAACAGAAACUUGGACAAGUGUAUUUUAAAUAUUUGCUACAGUCCUUUGGAAAUAUACUACACUCAGUGUCCUCUGCUGUAUAAUACUCCCCCAUCCCCACUCUCUAGUUCUAAUUUAUCUGUCAAACAAAAACGGCUUAAUUGUUUUAUCUGUAACAUUCUUGUUGUUUAUAAAACAGUUGUAUAAAAAUAUGUAAAUUCUUUAUUUAUGUUCAAUAAGGUAUUUGAUAAUAUCUGAAUAGAUGUCCAUCUGUAAGUAUGGUAGAUUUUAAUUUUUAAUUAUAUGUUUUCUUUGCAAGUGUGAGUGGGUUUAGAUGAAGUCUGUGCCAGAAAGGACCUCAAAAUAUUCAAAUAAAUUGUUAUUUAUUUGGAGUUACUGUAAUUUAUUUAUAUUCAAAUAUCUUAGCAGAAAAUCAUGCCCAUGUAAAUAAGCAUGUUAAAUAAGGCCCUCAUGUUGCUUUACAUAAAUAAAUGACUACCCAAUA